AUGCCGCCCUUUCUCCAUGGCAAAGAUCCAGGGAGGGCAUGGCAAUGGCUUGCUCUUUUUUGGGGCACACAGAAAGUACAGGCAUGGCGAGACUUGCUGAUGCGGGACUCUGUGAUAAAUGCCCAUCAGAUCUACAAUCUGCUCACCGUUGCUCUGGAUGUGCGAAACUACCUGGAUUGCGGGCUUGCCGCUCUCCGACCGGUUUCUGUCAACGAGGACGAAACUGAGAUGCGAAUCGCAUUACACUGGCUUCCUCUCCCCAAAGAGUUUGGGGAAAUGACACGAACGGAUCUGGUCCCAUUAACUCAAAACCCGCUGGAAGAGCCGAGAUUCCGACCUACCAUGACGCACGGAAACAAUCAUCCCGUUUACAUUGUUUAUGGGGGUGGAAGGACGUGGGAGGCCGUUCGAUCUGGGCAUAUCUUCACCGUGAAGACAACCAAUGUGGAGGAAAGGCCCUUACCUUCCUUCCAAUUGUUGGAGCUGAUGUGGUUCUUGACUCGCAUCGCAACAAUGGAAGGAAAGAGCCAUCAAGAGAAUGGCUUUCCUCCGUCUCAGUCGUCUUAA